AUGGUCGUUGGUGAGGCAGGCGCCGGUAAGAGUACCCUAAUCAAUACGAUGAUCAAUUACAUCUUUGGGGUGAAGUGGGAAGAUAACUUCAGAUUCAAGCUGGUAGAUGAACAUGGGACUGGGGCACAGUCACAGGCACAUAGUCAAACACAAAUCAUAUCAUCAUACACUAUACACAGUAACGAACAGCACAACAUUCCCUACACGUUGACAAUCAUUGACACGCCAGGGUUCGGGGAUACCAGAGGUAUUGAGCGCGAUCGAGCUAUUGUUGAACAGAUCCGGGAAUUUUGUUCACACCCCGAAGCCCAUGGAGUGGAUCACAUCGAUGCUGUAGGUUUCGUUGUUCAGUCUUCACAAGCACGUCUCACACCAACACAACAAUAUAUCUUUGAUUCAAUCCUUUCCAUCUUUGGUGAGGAUAUUGAGCCAAAUAUAUUGCUGCUGAUCACGUUUUCUGACGGGCAAUCACCGCCAGUCCUCGAGGCAGUUAAAAAGGCAAAGCUGCCUUUCAGUAAGACGUUCAAGUUCAACAACUCGGCACUAUUGGCAAGUCGAGGAGAUGGUGGAAUGUCGUUUGAUGCAAUGUUCUGGCAAAUGGGAUAUACAAGUAUGAAAGAGUUUUUCGAUUCUCUUGAUCACCUACAGCCGCGAAGUUUUACCCUCACAGUAGAAGUUCUGGACGAACAAAAACGUCUGGAGAUUGCUCUUGAAGGUUUGCAGCCUCAGAUUCAGUUGGCUUCUCACAAAAGGGCACAGUUAAACGAAGAUAAACAAAUGUUUGAAGAACGUGAACAGGAUAUUGAGGCAAAUAAGUAUUUCGCAUACGGCACUGAAGUUAGAAAACCUGAAAAAAAUAGGGAUGAGGAAAAGCCCGCACGAAAUUGUCCAAAUUGCCGCUACACUUGCCAUUACCCAUGUACCUUCGCUCCAUUCAAUUAUUUUUGUCAUGCAAUGUCGUGGGGGGGCUAUUGCACUGUGUGUCCUGGCAAGUGUUCCUCGGGCGACCACGUUAAAGAGUCCUUCAUAUAUCGGUGGAAAACGGUGAGAGAAAAGCAGGCUUAUGCUGACAUCGAGAACCGAUACAGAGACGCUUACGGGCAAAAACAAAGCCGUGAAGAAAUGAUUAAUAAAAUCGAAACUGAUCUGGCCAAUGCGGAAGCUGCUGUGUAUGAGUUAAUCCAGGACUCUCACCGUUGUACCCAGCGCCUCGAACAGAUCGCCCUCAAGCCUAAUCCAGUAAGAAUAGAAGAGUAUUUAGACAUGUUGAUUGAAACAGAGAAGGCAACAAAAAAUAAAGGCUGGGAGAAAAGAGUUGGGUCACUGGAAGCGAUAAAAAUAAGAGAAGACAGUAAGAAUGUAGUCAAAGAUGCAGCUGCAUGGGGCAGUACUUGGGGCGACAUGUUCAACAAUAUUUUUAGAGAAUUAGGACUACAGAGGACCUAG